AUGUCUUUUGUAGAUAGCAUUCAAGCAUUUUUCGACAAUUCCAAUAUCCCAUGGAAAGCAGUCAUAACUGCUUUCACGCUGGGUCAGUUCGGGUUCGAGACGUACUUAAGUUAUCGUCAAUAUCGUACCCUUGCCAGCAAGAAGCUUCCUGAAGUGCUGGAAGGUGCGGUUGAUGCAGAGACGUUCCAAAAAUCUGAGGAUUAUUCUCGUUCGAAGAUGAAGUUCAACAUGUUUUCCAGCGUGUUCAGUCUGGUACAAAAUCUGUGCGUGAUCAAAUUGGACCUGUUGCCUCGCCUAUGGCACCUAGGCGUGGCUGUGGCCAACAAGUUACCAUCGAAGCUGAUUGCCACCUCUACCAUCGGACAAAGCUUGUGGUUUUUCACCGUUCUGUCUAACAUCUCCACUAUUCUGGAACUUCCGCUGUCCUACUACCAACACUUCGUGCUGGAAGAAAAAUAUGGAUUCAACAAGUUGACUGUGGGACUGUGGAUCACUGACAAGGUCAAGGGCUCGCUACUAAGUGCCGUGAUUGGCAUGCCGGUCAUGUAUGCCUUUUUGAAGAUUUUCGAAGCGUUCCCCACAAACUUUUUGGCCUACAUUUGUGGCUUUAUCCUAGUGGUCCAAAUCUUGGCCAUGACUUUGAUCCCUGUUUACAUCAUGCCUUUGUUCAACAAAUUCACUCCUUUGGAAGACGGUGAACUCAAGACAUCCAUCCAUGCUCUUGCCAAGCGCGUCAACUUCCCUCUUGACAAGAUUUUUGUGGUGGACGGUUCCAAGCGCUCUUCGCACUCCAAUGCUUACUUCACGGGCCUCCCCUUCACCAGCAAGCGCAUUGUGCUGUACGAUACCCUCGUUAAGGAUGCGUCCGUCGACGAGAUCACUGCCGUUCUCGCACACGAAAUAGGCCACUGGCAAGAGAACCACAUUCUACGCAUGCUCGCUUUCAGCGAAAUCCACAUCGGCUUCAUUUUUUCCCUUUUCACUGCUGCAUACCAGAACCAGUCGCUAUACUCGGCGUUUGGGUUCUUCGUGGGCAAUGGAGCCUCUCCCAGCCGGGCCGUCGUCGUCACGCCCCAAUUGCCGGUCCUCAUCGGCUUCAUGCUAUUCAACGAUCUGCUUCAGCCGCUCGAGUGUGGUAUGAAUUUUGGUGUCAAUCUACUUUCCAGAUUCCACGAAUACCAAGCUGACGCCUAUGCCAAGAAGCUGGGAUACAGAAAAGAUCUGUGUCAUGCAUUGAUCAACCUGCAAGUGAAAAACCUGUCGACAAUGAACGUGGAUCCUAUUUUCUCGAGCUACCAUUACUCGCACCCAACCUUACCCGAAAGAUUGAAUGCUCUAGACUAUGUGAGCGAGCAGAAAAAAGAUUAG